AUGGCCGAUCCCUUAUUGACUAUUUCCGAUGUCAUCAAACAAACCAGUAAGGUCGCCAAGUGCCUCGUAGAGUACGGGAUGCAGGUGAAGGAUGCCCCUGUAUUGAUCGGGAAUAUCACUUUGGAAGUCAACACCUUGAAAGCUAUCCUAGAGACUCUUCACCUAACUCUGGGUUAUAAUCCGCUAUCUACCGCUAAGGCAGGGCUGUCAGACUCUCUCGACCAGUGCAGAAACCUAUUGGACGAACUCCUGUUGUUGGUAGCACCGGAACCGGAGUCGGAGUCUGAUGAGGAACGACCCCCUCAAAAGACACGUAAUUUGCGAGGUCCUUUUUGUAAAUUCGGACGCGGAAGACCAGCAGCCGCACCGUCACGACAGCCUAAUGACAGCUCGAAUGCGGGCCAGCAGCAGCAUAUACCGCAGACUCAUCAGAUCACCUCUGAAUACUAUCUCACACAGUAUGAGCGACACACCAACGUGAACCAAAACGUCCCCAGAACACCGGUGGGCUCGUCUCGUAGGCACUCGGUGAUGGGUCUCGCCGCGCGGUUCAGAUGGCCGCUGUUCCAGAAGAGCAAAGCAGAGGACUUGUUAAAGCGGCUUGAGAGACAUAAAACCCAGCUCAGCCUGGCGGUGCACACAGACAACGCCAUGAAUCUUACCUCCAUUGCCACUUCUAUAAAAGAUAUUGAGGCUAACCUGAACGAUCAGGACAGGAGGUCAAUCUUAGCUUGGCUGUCCCCAAAGCUUGACAUGUAUGAAUUCCAUCGCGAACAGCACGACAAGCAGGAGGACGAGACGUGCGAAUGGAUAACAAGUUCUCGCGGCUGGAAGCAGUGGCUGAACGGGGGCUCGUACGAGCCCGGCGGAUACCGUCGUUUCAUAUGGAUCUACGGUAUCCCCGGCGCCGGAAAGACGGUUUUAGCCUCGUUCCUCAUUGACAAUAUCGCCGUGCACUGUCGGGCGACGGGGUAUUCCUACUAUUACUGUCACAACGAACGGAACCAGGAUGAGACGUUACAUUUCCUGCGCUGGAUUGUAGGGGACUUGAGCCGACAGAUCGAUCGUUUUAUCCCCAAGGAAUUGGAGAAGCUUAGCAAUUCACAGGUCUUCGACAUCGAUGCCCUCAUGAACUGCUUCGCCGCGAUUUCUACGAAGUUUAAGAGUGAGGAUCGUCGGGUGUACCUGGUGGUCGAUGCCGUGGACGAAAGCAAGAAGCCGCGGCGGAGGCUUCUUGACGUGCUAAUUAGAAUAGGCACGGAGAUGAUCUAUGAGAAUGUCUCAAUACUGAUGACAAGUCGUGAAGAGGACGAUAUUGUAGGCGCGAUGGGCCAGGCUACGGCCGCCAUGAAUCCCCUACCCGCGGACAAGGCGCAAAAUUUAGAUAGCUUGGCCGAUGCUUUUACUCCUUACACGUCUAUCACUAUGUCAAAUAGCGAUGUUAUGCGAGCGAUACAGAAGUACGUCGAGAAACAAUUCGAACGAAAUGCCAAGUUCAAAAUGUGGCUACCAGAGUUCAGGACAAAGAUAGAGACAAAGCUGGCGAGAAACGCCAGAGGAAUGUUCCGCUGGGUCGCAUGCCAGAUCGACAUUCUCGAACGCAUCUACAUGGACGCAGACAAGGUGCUAAAAGCACUGGAUGAUUUGCCGGAAACGCUAUUUGACACUUAUGACAGAAUACUCCAAAGCAUAGAGUCAGAGCAGCGAGAGUUCGCCCGCACGGCUCUGGCUCUGAUAUGUAGUAGCACCUUCCAAGCCAGGAGCGCCGACGUGUUGGUGCAGGCAUCCCUUCACAAUGUUCGGCACGGCGCAUUACAUUUAUAUAAUCUUGGUACAUUGAAGGAGAUCCUCGGCUGUCUAAUCAGGGUAACCAAUUUGAGGAGAAGACCUCAAUGGUGGUUUCGACGUGAAGAUGAUAAUGCUCCCCUCCAGAGGGUUGCCGUCGCUCAUUUUACCGUCAAGGAGUUUCUCUUUGCGAAAGCCAAAAAUGCAGGAGAACCGAGACCGGCGGGUGAAUUUGCUGUGUCGGAGAGCAGUAUCCGCGAGCUGGAGAUGCAGGUCGUGUUCAAUGGCUUGUUGCAAUGGGGAAGAAAUCGUCCUGCUAACUCGAGAUAUCCUACUCGCUAUGAGGAACACUGUCUAGAAACGAGCGAAUCGGCUAUGCGAGGAGCCCGCCAGGGUAUGAUCCUCAGAAACCAAAGUAUAUGGGAUUCAGUGGUACCAUGCUUAAUCCCUGGAAGACCACAUCUCAAAGUUCUUACAAACAUGAACCUCCGUAGACAGUUUCCGCGGUGGGCGAGGCUGAGUGCUCUCGAUGAGAUGGUACCAGGGAUGAAUAGGCAGCUCCGACAGGAAACAGGUAUUUUGGCAAGCCUUAUCUUACUCAACUGGCCGGAAUUUACGCAGAAGUAUCUCAAGGAGCCUAGUUUCCAAACCUUGACACCCGAAGCAAAGCAUGCCGUCUGGACAACUAAAUUCGCCAUCAACGCACUAGAAAAUCUGCCUAUGGAUAUUCCGCGCGUAUUUGAAAAGGGAAAGGGAGUCACGCUCCUCCAGCUGUGCGUAGCGUGGAAACGUCCCGAGUUCUUAGAGCUCUUCAUUAAUGCCGGUGCGAAUUUCACGCAUGAACCCAACAUAAUAUUUACGGCUCUUGCGAAUCCCUGGGGAGUCGAUGACGCCGAAGGCGAUGGGUCAGCUACCGGCCAACUUCUGAAGAUGCUCCUCGAAGCAGGCGCAGAUCCUAACCCCCCUGGCUAUUUAUAUACACCUCUUCAGGCUGCAGUGUGGCAUCUCGAAGAAAGCAGGGUACAGAGUAUCCUUAUUGAGGCCCGCGAUGCCAAUUCAGUCGGAGACCCUAAUGGAAAGCAUCCAUAUGGACAAAAGGAGCCUGAGCCAUGGGCCAGCUGGCAUCCUCUUAAGAUAUGUCAUAGGGCGCCAGCAGGGUCAGAUCCAGGUAACGACGCGCAGGAGAGUGUAAAUAACAAGUCGAGGAGGCAGAUAGAACAGCUGCUAAUCCAGUAUGGAGCCCGAAUGGAAUCCGAUGUAAUUGAUGUUUCGUCAGAUGACACAGUUGUAGACGCUCCUGCGGCUUAG